AUGACUGAUUGCGUGGAAAUUGCUAUCACGAGUGAUACGGCAGCGCAGCAUUGGAGCUGCUGCGUGUGGGAUGUCCGUACCGGCACGCAAUUAAUGUCCUACCGAAAUGGCGGCCCUCCAGCGUCCAACUGCCUGCACAAUAUCAACAAUCAAUACAUCCUUGCGGGAAACCUCACCAAACCAAUGCUGACCAUGUGGCCAAUCAACCGGCAGGAGCCAGCUAGCGUAAAGUACAUGCUGCCAUCCGCGCCAGGAGCCAUGGCCGUAUCACCUGAUGGAAAUUACUGCGUGGUGUCUCAUGCACACGCGUUCAACGUGUAUAACCUUGCGACGGGUGCCAAUAUGGCAUCGGUGGCACAUCACUUUGGGAAGAUCGCAGUGGUCAAGUUCACGGACGAUAGCUCGCAUUUCGUGACAGCGGCUGACGAUUGUCGUGUCGUCGUCUGGAGCUUAGGACGAACAGUGCAGCAAAAGGAGAACAAGAUGCUGUACGAGUUUGCGGAUUGCACUCUGCCAGUUUCCGAUCUGUUCGUUGGUAAGGGUGGCAUGAAGGCGAUAGUUGCCGUGAGUUCCCUCGAUCGGUCGUGCAAGCUAUACGAACUGGCAACAGGCAGGAUGCUGCUGAACGUGGUCUUUCCCGUGGCCCUGUCCACCUUGACGCUCAACGCUCUGGAGACAGAAUUGUUUGUCGGCGAUAAGAAGGGGUUGAUAUACACCUGCAAUCUACAAUCGGCUCCGCGAUCAAAGGAAGUUCAUCUGCAGCAAGAUCAGCUUAAGAAGGGCGUCUUUAACGGACACAAGAAGGCAGUCAACUGCUUAUCGAUGUCUAUGGAUAACGAAACGUUACUUUCGGGUGGAGCAGACGAGGUGGUCAUUGUAUGGCACGUUAAAACACGACAGCAGCUUAAGGUUUUGCCGCAUAAGGGUCCUAUAACAAAUGCGUUCUUUCUCAUCACUCCCAAGCCGAUGUUUGAUCCUUCGCGUGUGAUUAACGUUCCGUUUCCCCCAUUCCAAAAGGUAACCAUUUCUCGACAAGACAGAGAAAAACUGAGCAUGGAGUUUUCGGUUACGAAACAAGCACUUGAAGAAAGCUCAAAUAUUCAUGUUACAUCCCACACUGCGUCAGUUGUUAGCGCAGGUGAUAAAGAAAAGAACGUGCAAGCAUUGGAACUCGAAAUACAGAAGUUAAAGUCCAUAAACCAGCGCUUAUAUCAGCAGAGCUUAAAAAUUAUAUUGAAAGAUUCGGAGAUAAUUUCGGACAAGAUUUCUGAUAAAUUGUAACAUAAAU